AUGAGCAGCCUGCAGGAGGACCCCGACUCCUCCGAGGAGCCCAAACCCGGCAAUGCCAAGACCGAGCUCCGCAACUACACCGAGGGGAGGCUGAUCGACCGCGUGUACAACACCUACCUGCUCAUGCACACGCACCAGACCGUGGAGUUCGUCCGCAGGAAGAGCGCGCAGUACGGCCGCUGCUCGCAGCGGAGGAUGAGCGUGAUGGAGGCGCUGCAGCUGCUGGACCAGCUGGUGGACGAGUCGGACCCCGACGUGGAUUUCCCCAACUCCUUCCACGCCUUCCAGACGGCCGAGGGGAUCCGCCGGGCGCACCCCGACAAAGACUGGUUCCACCUCGUGGGGCUCCUGCACGACCUGGGCAAGGUGCUGGUGCUGUUCGGGGAGCCCCAGUGGGCCGUGGUCGGGGACACCUUCCCGGUGGGCUGCAAGGUACAGAAGUCGGUGGUCUACGGGGACUCCACCUUCCACGACAACCCCGACAGCAAAGACCCCCGGUACAGCACCGAGUACGGGAUGUACCAGCCCGGCUGCGGCCUGGACAACGUCCUCAUGUCCUGGGGCCACGAUGCACCCUAAACCCGUGUCCCCCCCCCACCCCAGGCCUUCUACAUGGUUCGCUUCCACUCCUUCUACCCCUGGCACGCCCACGGCGACUACUGGCACCUGUGCUCCGAGGAGGACCGCCGCAUGCUGCCCUGGCUCCGCGAGCUCAACAAGUUCGACCUGUACACCAAGCAGGAGGAGCUGCCCGACGUGCAGCAGCUCCGCGCGUACUACCAGGGCCUCAUCGACAAAUACUGCCCGGGGCAGCUCUGCUGGUGACCCCCCA